AUGUCCCAACCGGAGACCAUGCGCGCCUGGGUCUUUACAGAUAGAGGCGACCCCUCGCGCGUACUAAGAUUUACAACUCUCGACAAGCCGACGCUGCCGUCGGGCAGACCUUUGCCCCGCGAUGCGCCCGAGCCCGAGGAAUGGGUGCUCGUCAAGACGGCCUUUGCAGGGCUCAACGUCGGCGCCAUCUUCCAGAUGACGCUUAUACCGCAAAUGAUUCGCACCAAGACGUGUAUCCCCGAAAUGGACCUCUCCGGUGUUGUCGAGGACGUGUGGCAUCCAGACACCGACGACGCCGCGAAUCGCACGCCUUUCCGCUUCCACAAAGGAGACAAAGUCGUGGCGAUGCUCCCGGCCAGCCACUCCCUAGCCACCGGAACCGGUGCGCUGGCAGAGUACGUUGCAAUUCCGGCCAGGUAUGUGGCGCACAAGCCGGACGGUGUCAGCUUUGGUGAUGCGGCUGGCUGCUUGCUGGCGGGCAUGACGGCGUGGCAGCAGGUUCACGAGUCGGGCGCCAAAGAGGGCGACCGGGUCCUUGUCAACGCAGCGAGCGGUGGCAUCGGGACCAUGGUGACUCAGAUGGUGCGGAAUGUCGUGGGCGGCUCGGGAUAUGUGGUUGGCAUCUGCAGCGGCAAGAAUGUGGAAAUGGUCAAGAGCCUGGGAGCCGACGAGGUCAUUGACUACACAAAGUAUGAUAAUCUGCCAGCACAUCUCAAAGACCGUUUUGGGAGUACACCUUUCAACGCCAUCAUCGACACGCUCGGACACCAGUCCAUCUAUCUCGGCUCGCCCGCGUACCUUGUCCGCGACGGCAUCUACUCGUCGGCGGGAAUCAAGCCGCCCAGCUUCGCCGUCGCCCACUUCUUGCGCGCCGUCUUGCAGAUGAAGCUCAACGAGUGGUGGCCGGUGAGCGCCUGGCUCGGGGGCGUCGGCCGCCUAUGGCGGGGCGUGUCCAUGAUGGAGCCCACGCUGGCGGACAGGCAGCGCAUCGUGGGCAUGCUGGGCAGCGGGCAGGUCCGGGUCGUGCGCGACAGCGUGUGGAAGUUGGAGGAUGCGCAGGCGGCGUAUGCUCAUUUAGGAGGGCUGCAUGCGCGUGGCAAGGUGCUUGUCAAGGUGAAUUCGGACCUUGGUGACGACGAGACUUAG